CAUAUGGCGACGUUUCCACUUAUAGUCGCUACGGGACUACGAAUCAAUUCCAAUCCUAACAGCUGAGUGUUCCGUUCUUUUUCUUCAUCGUCAUCAUGCCUUUCGUAGAAAUUGGCGAUGUGGACGGCAAAACCUUUGAUUAUGUCGUAGUCGGUGGCGGGACGGCUGGCUUGAUUCUUGCGGCGCGUCUCUCCGAAAACGCCAGCCUGUCCGUCCUCGUUUUGGAGGCUGGGGAUGCCAAUUUGGAUGACUCUCUUAUCAUGCGUCCUGGCCAAUACGGUCACACGUUUGGUAGGCCCCAGUACGGAUGGAGUUUCAGAACAGUUCCACAGAAGUUUGUAAACGGCAAGGAAUGCAUUUGGCCACGCGGUAAAGGGCUUGGUGGAUCUUCCGCGACGAACUUUGCCAUCUGGUCAAAGCCUCCCACUGAGGAUAUUAACGAUUGGGAAAGGCUAGGGAACAGUGGAUGGAAUUGGGAAACGUACGAGAAAUAUUGCGAUAAGGCAGCAUCCUACGUGCCACUGAAAUCCUCGGCGCCUCAAGUCUCUAAGCGCGACGGUAACACCAUGAAGACAUGGCGGAGCCCACGGGGGAUAGGUCCUCUCAAGAUAGCCCAUCCCCAAAAUGUCUCUGAUAUAGAGCUCAAGUUGCAAGAAGAUCGCGGAGAGCCUAGUGGUACACACAUCGCACUGAACACAGUCGAUCCUGAAAAGCAUACCCGCACUUACUCUGCUACGGCGUAUUUGCAACCAAAUCUAUCACGCCCAAAUUUGCUGGUUUUGACCAAGGCGUAUGCGCACAGGCUGAUCACGAAGACUGAGGCGACUCUUCUCACUGCAACUGGCGUCGAAUUUUCUUGCAGGGAGGAGACUGCUCUUCAGUUUGCUCAUGCAAACAAAGAAGUCAUAUUAUGUGCCGGAGCACUCAAAUCACCGCAAAUCUUAGAGCUCUCGGGCAUCGGUCGCCCUGAAGUUCUAUCAAACAUUGGUAUCCCGGUGAAGCUGCCUCUCCACGGAGUAGGUGAAAAUGUUCAAGAUCACAUAUGUGCAGGCAUGGUAUCCCAACUAAAGGACGAUGUACCUGACGAGACAUUUGACCUCUUACGCGAUCCGGAGCAAGCGAAGGAGCAUGCCGAACUUUUCACCAAAGCCGAAGGCGUAUCUAUGAUGGGUAUCGUUAACCUCACGUUGGCAUCCCUCCACUCAUUCUCUCCUCGUGCUGCCGAGUUGAUUGACGAUGAGAAACACAUUAUCGAGGAGAACAUCAAAGCUAGGAACUACCAUCCGGGCUUAGUUGACCAAUAUAGAUUGAUGCUUGAGAGACUGGAUCGGAAGGAAUCUGGUUGGGAGUUCCUCGGUAUGCCGGUCUACAUGAGUUUCCUACGACCACCUGAACCUGGAAAAAGGUACUACAGCAUAGUCCCGAUAUCCAACUACACCUUCUCCAGAGGAACUGUUCAUGUCAAGUCUGAUGAUCCUACGGUUGACCCCAUAUUUGACCCUCACUAUCUCGAGCACGACAUCGACUUGCAAGGGUUGAUCGACAUGGUGAAAUACAUUCGCAAGAUAUGUGAUACAGCACCAUACAAAGAUGUGCUUGCUGCCGAGGUCGUUCCUGGACCCGAAGUCCAAACUGACGAGGAGAUCAUAGCUUGGUUGAAAAAGGCCCUGAGUACUGUGUUCCAUGUAGCCGGCUCCCUAUCGAUGCUUCCUCGUGAGAAAGGCGGUGUCGUAGACUCAGAGCUGAAGGUGUAUGGAACCACGAAUAUUCGGGUUGCAGAUCUGUCUGUCGUUCCUCUUCAUUUUUCCGCGCAUCCACAAGCCACUGUUUAUGUCAUAGGGGAACUAGCUGCAGAUAUAAUACUGGAACGUUUAGAACUAAGAUAAAGCACUAACUACAAGUUUGGUACCCCUCACGUAUAUUUGAAUCGUGAAUGGAGUUCACUUCGCCUUCAACUCAUCCUACCCGACCAGCCCGCACCUUUGCCGCAUAUGCACGAGACUUGAGUUCCAAUCUUCGAGGCUCAGUAACAGGCUUGAACUUAUUCAGCUAGUUGACACCCCUAUCCGGAGAUACGGCUCCUCGGCUAUCAUGGACGCAUUCCAGAGUUAGGUAUUCACAUUGCCUUUUUUGUGCACUAGUUUA